GCAAUCCUCCCCUUUAUCGCUUCUUGCGCCGCCCGUGAGCAAUAAAGGCGAACGGUUCGCGAAACCCUCGAGUCUUCAAUUCCCCCAAAUCCCUCGCCCAGCCUUCUGAUCGAGCGAUUCGAAGACCUCCGCCUCCUUCACGUUGUGCUUUGCGAUUGCAGGAGACAGGGAUUGAUGGAGAAGAGUUCAUUCAGGAUGGAACAUCCUUUCGAAAGGAGGCAAGCUGAGGCUGUUCGUAUCAGUGAGAAAUAUCCUGAUAGAAUUCCAGUGAUCGUGGAGAAGGCUGAAAGAAGUGACAUUCCAGACAUUGACAAGAAGAAGUACUUGGUUCCUGCUGAUCUCACCGUGGGACAAUUUGUUUAUGUGGUUCGCAAGAGAAUUAAGCUGAGCGCCGAGAAGGCAAUCUUCAUCUUCGUUAAGAAUGCACUACCACCCACCGCUGCCAUGAUGUCUGCGAUUUAUGAGGAACACAAGGACGAGGAUGGCUUCCUGUAUAUGACCUACAGCGGGGAGAACACUUUCGGUUCCGACUAACCAUCCCAAAUAUCUUCUGUGAAUAAAACCUGAUUCGAUGUACAUUCUCUGCAUCCCUGAGCUCAAAUAUGACCUUUUGUUUUCCAUUUGCAUGGAUUUGUUCAGUAUAAUCUCACGUUUCUGAAGACUGUUUAAUAUCCUCUUGCAUAUUGGACAUAUUCAAAGUCGUCCUAUUCAUUCUAUUCUA